UCAUCGAUCAAUCAAGUUUCAAGAUCUCCAUUUUGAUUCCAUUUAGGUGAAAAUGGAAUUCUUCCAAAGGGCUAAAGUGGUGCGUUUGAGAAGCCACCAUGAUAAAUACCUAUUGGCAGAUGAUGAUCAAGAAGGUGUUCACCAAGAUCGUCUUGGUUGCUGCCGAAAUGCAAAAUGGACGGUGGAGAUCAUAGAACAUGCAAACUUGAUUAGAUUGAAGAGUGUUUUUGGAAAAUAUUUAACAGCCUCUAAUAUGCCAUUUUUGUUAGGUGCAAGGGGGAAAAAAGUGAUGCAAACUCUUCCCUCAAGGUUGAAUUCAUCUUUGGAAUGGGAACCUAUAAGAGAAGGUGAUCUCAUUAGGCUUAGGACUCGGUAUGGUCAAUAUUUACGCGCCAAUGGAGGAUUACCACCUUGGAGAAACUCGAUCACACAUGACAUUCCUUACCGUUCAAAAACAGCAAAUUGGAUUAUAUGGGAGGUUGAUCUUGUGGAGAUUCGGCCACCACCGCCUAAACAAAUAGAAUAUUCCCCUAGUGUUGUUGAAGAAAUUGCUCAUCCUAAUGACUCUUCAACCGAACGUUCUCGAUCUCCUUCUCCUUCUCCUCCACAUUCUUCUGAUGAUGAUUUAGAUAAUGAUAAUCCAUUCGCUUUAAUUGAUCUUAGAUCUUCCAUACCAAUUGAGAGUUCUGAUUUAGAAGGUAAUGAAUCACCGAUGAAAGAAGGGAGGAUUAUAUUUUAUAACGUGGGUGAUGAAAAUGGGGAUGUUCCCGAAGGAAGUGAAGAAAAGUUCUUUACAUUCAAAGGGAGUAGUGUAACCGAGUUAAAGGAGAAGCUGCAAGAAGAGAUAGAGCGUGAAGAUAUUGUUAUAUGUUCUCGCAACCCAUUGAAUGCAAAAGUAUAUCCACUUCGUUUACAAUUACCUCCCAACAAUGUUGAUAUACACGUUAUCGUGGUUCCUUCUUCAUUUGUUGGAAAUUAGCAUUCUCUAGUUUUGGAUAGUUCUUAAAAGUUACGAAUUCCAUUUAUUUGCUUUUAAGAAAAAUAGCAAAUUUUAUAGUAGCAGAUGUAAAAAGUAUGCUAAGACAUUUUGAAAGACUUUAUACAUCAGUUCUACCAUCGAUGUAAAAAAUGUCUCAAUUACUACAUCUGUUUUAAAACAGAUACGAAAAGAAGAUGAUGGGAAUCACAAUCUCAUUGGUGGAAAACAUGAAAUGCAUGAUGCAAAAGUAUUCAGGAGAGGAAUUUGGCUCUCUGACAUGAGUGUCUAUAUUUGAACCUUCUGCACCAAUAAUUUGAGAAAAAGGACAAAAAUAGUAAAAAGGGAAAACUAUAUGAAAGAG